AUGAACUGCCCCGAUUCCACCAUUAUGCCAAACGGGAUGUUCAACCUCAGUAUCAACCUCCUCCAUGUUCCAGAUAACGAGCGAGCCUUCCUUAGCUUCUUUCACAACGACGAGGUACUAGAAUCGUUGCCUGAACCUGGCAUGCUCCUAGAUUCCAUCGCACUCCCCGGCUUCGACUACGUUUACAGUCGAUCUGACUUCAGCGAGGAGACCGAGAGGAACAUCAGGGAUGUCCUCCACGUUCUCGACACCGGAACUCCCCCUGGCCUCCCCGAGAUACCACCGCGAGUAGAGCGGGAACGACUAACAGGCCUGUUUGUCGCGAUCUUCAGAGCGUGCCUAUUCCAUUCCCGGCUAUUCCUCGUACCUGGUAACGAUGAGGUGUGGAAUUAUGAUAAUAGGAUGGACUUCUUCUAUAUGAGAGUCGUUGAGGAAGUCAAGGCUCGAGGAAUCGAGGGAGGAGGCUUUGCGUUGUUAACGGGUAAUGAUGAGGUGGACUCGCUAAACCCUGGUGCUCUCUGGGAACUGGAUAUAGACGCUGUGGAGGAGAUCGUCAAGUACAUCACCUUGACGCGUAUCACGAACGUCGAGAGACAGCGGCCAGGCGAGGCGGUCCCGCAGACCGAACUGACGCAAUUGGUGGAUGAUUGGAUUCGUCGUGCUGCGGUUAUCUACGGAACUCGCCAGAGUUAUAUUGAGGACUCCUUGUAG